AUGGCCAUCUUCCCGUUUAGAAAGACGAGCAGCGGCGAUGAGAAGACUGGCUCCCCUCAAGAGGAUAUCGCCGUUGCGCAAACCUACGCCGAGCCCGAAGUCGAUGAGGAUCAUGAUGAUCUCCAUCGUGGAAUGAAGCCGCGGCAACUUAUCACACAGAUGGCUAUCGCUGGCGCCAUUGGAACUGGUCUUAUUAUCGGUUCUGGCAAUGCGCUCAAGAAUGGAGGCCCUGCUUCUCUUCUAAUCGGCUACAGCAUCAUGGGCUUUUGCGUCUAUGUCGUUAUGGUUGCCCUCGGCGAGAUGGGCGCAUGGCUUCCCCACAAGAAGUCUUUCUCCGGAUACGCUACCCGCUUUGUUGACCCUGCUCUCGGUUUCGCUACUGGCUGGAACUACUUCUUCAAAUACGUUAUUGUGCUGCCAAACAAUCUCACUGUUACCGGUGUUAUCAUACAGUACUGGCUACCUAAUAUCAACGUAUCGGUCUGGAUUGUCGUAUUUGGCAUUGCAAUUAUUGCUCUGAAUCUCAUUCACGUUAGAUUCUUCGGCGAGGCUGAAUUCUGGAUGUCUCUACUCAAAGCCAUUGUCAUUUGCAUGCUCAUUCUCAUCUGCUUGAUCAUCGCCCUCGGUGGCGGCCCGAACCAUAAGCGAACUGGCUUUCACUACUGGAACGACCCCGGCGCAUUUGUCCUCUACAAGGUCGAAGACCCGGCUUCUCUUGGUCGCUUCCUCGGUGUCUGGGCCUCGAUUGUCCAGGCCACUUUCGCCUACCUCGGUACCGAGCUGGUCGGUGUUGCUUUCGGAGAAACCCCGAACCCACGCAAGAACGUUCCCCGCGCUGUUCGCCAGACACUGCUCCGUAUAUGCUUCUUCUAUAUCGCCGGUGUCAUCGUGCUCGGCAUGGCCGUUCCGUACAAUGCCCCGAAGCUGAUUGACGCCAAGGGAACCAACGGCGCUGCCUCGCCAUUCGUUAUUGCUGCCAACAUCGCUGGAAUCGGCAAGCUCGCCGAUGCCAUCAACGCCUUCCUAUUGGUCUUCACCAUCUCCGCCGCCAAUUCUGACAUCUAUCUCGCUUCUCGUACCGUUUGGGCGCUGGCCAAAGAUCACCAGGCUCCGGCCAUCUUCCACCGGACUAACAAGCACGGUGUGCCGAUUCCUGCUGUUGCUCUGUCCUCGCUCUUCAUCUGCCUAGGCUUCAUGAACGCAACCAAGGAUGCCGGAACUGUCUUCGGCUACUUUGUGUCCCUUGUCACUGUCUUCGGUGCCCUGAACUGGAUUAGCAUCCUAGUGUCUUACCACUUCAUGCUUUGCGGGAUGAAAGCCCAGGGUAUUCCUCGGUCUGUUAUGCCGUACCGCAACCCGCUUCUGCCGUGGGGUGCAUACAUCGCCUUUGUCCUGACGGCUCUCGUCAUCAUCUUCAAUGGUUGGGCAACGUUUAUGCCCUUCACUGUCGACAAGUUCAUUACGAGUUACAUUGGAAUCCCGGUCUACCUGAUCAACAUCUUGUGGUGGAAGAUUUUCAAGAAGACGAAGAUGGUGAACCCUCAUGAGAUGGACUUGCAUACCGGUAGGAGAGAGUGGGAUUAA